AUGGACGUGGACAUGGACAUGGACGUGGACAUGGACGUGGACGUGGACAUGGACGUGGACAUGGACAUGGACGUGGACAUGGACAUGGACAUGGACAUGGACAUGGACAUGGACAUGGACGUGGACGUGGACGUGGACAUGGACGUGGACGUGGACAUGGACGUGGACGUGGACAUGGACGUGGACGUGGACAUGGACAUGGACGUGGACGUGGACGUGGACGUGGAGCGGGACAUGGACAUGGACGUGGACGUGGACGUGGAAGUGGACGUGGAAGUGGACGUGGACGUGGACAUAGACAUGGACGUGGACGUGGACGUGGACGUGGACAUGGACGUGGACGUGGACGUGGAGGACUUGGACGUGGACAUGGACGUGGACGUGGACGUGGACGUGGACGUGGACAUAGACGUGGACGUGGACGUGGACGUGGACGUGGACGUGGACAUGGUCGUGGACGUGGACGUGGAAGUGGACGUGGACGUGGACGUGGACAUGGACGUGGACGUGGACGUGGACGUGGACAUGGACAUGGACAUGGACAUGGACGUGGACGUGGACGUCGACAUGGACGUGGACGUGGACGUGGACGUGGACAUGGACAUGGACAUGGACGUGGACGUGGACGUAGACGUGGACGUGGACAUGGACGUGGACGUGGACGUGGACAUGGACAUGGACGUGGACAUGGACGUGGACGUGGAUAUGGACAUGGACGUGGACGUUGACGUGGACGUGGACAUGGACAUGGACGUGGACGUGGACGUGGACAUGGACGUGGACGUGGACGUGGAGGACUUGGACGUGGACAUGGACGUGGACGUGGACGUGGACGUGGACGUGGACAUAGACGUGGACGUGGACGUGGACGUGGACGUGGACAUGGACGUGGACAUGGUCGUGGACAUGGACAUGGACGUGGACAUGGUCGUGGACGUGGACGUGGACGUGGACGUGGACAUGGACAUAGACGUGGACGUGGACGUGGACGUGGACGUGGACGUGGACGUGGACAUGGACGUGGACAUGGUCGUGGACGUGGACGUGGACGUGGACGUAGACGUGGACGUGGACGUGGACGUGGAGGUGGACAUGGUCGUGGACGUGGACGUGGACGUGGACAUGCACGUGGACGUGGACGUGGACGUGGACAUGGACGUGGACGUGGACGUGGAGGACUUGGACGUGGACAUGGACGUGGACGUGGACGUGGACGUGGACUUGGACGUGGACAUGGACGUGGACGUGGACGUGGACGUGGACAUAGACGUGGACGUGGACGUGGACGUGGACGUGGACGUGGACGUGGACAUGGACGUGGACGUGGACGUGGACGUGGACAUGGACGUGGACGUGGACAUGGACAUGGACGUGGACGUGGACGUGGACGUGGACGUGGACAUGAACGUGGACGUGGACGUGGACAUGGACGUGGACGUGGACGUGGACAUGGACAUGGACGUGGACGUGGACGUGGACAUGGACAUGGACGUGGACGUGGACAUGGACGUGGACGUGGACGUGGACGUGGACAUGGACGUGGACGUGGACGUGGACAUGGACGUGGACGUGGACGUGGACGUGGACAUGGACGUGGACGUGGACGUGGACAUGGACGUGGACGUGGACAUGGACGUGGACGUGGACAUGGACAUGGACGUGGACGUGGACGUGGACGUGGAGCGGGACAUGGACGUGGACGUGGACGUGGAAGUGGACGUGGACGUGGACAUGGACAUGGACGUGGACGUGGACGUGGACAUGGACGUGGACGUGGACGUGGAGGACUUGGACGUGGACAUGGACGUGGACGUGGACGUGGACGUGGACGUGGACGUGGACGUGGACGUGGACAUGGUCGUGGACGUGGACGUGGAAGUGGACGUGGACGUGGACGUGGACAUGGACGUGGACGUGGACGUGGACGUGGACGUGGACGUGGUCGUGGACGUGGUCGUGGUCGUGGACAUGGACGUGGACGUGGACGUGGAGGUGGACGUGGAGGUGGACGUGGACGUGGACGUGGACAUGGACGUGGACGUGGACGUGGACGUGGACGUGGACAUGAACGUGGACGUGGACGUGGACGUGGACAUGGUCGUGGACGUGGACGUGGAGGUGGACGUGGACGUGGACGUGGACAUGGAGAUGGACGUGCACGUGGACGUGGACGUGGACGUGGACAUGGACUUGGACGUGCACGUGGACGUGGACGUGAAGGACUUGGACGUGGACAUGGACGUGGACGUGGACGUGGACGUGGACGUGGACAUAGACGUGGAAGUGGACGUGGAUGUGGACGUGGACGUGGACGUGGACGUGGACAUGGUCGUGGACGUGGACGUGGAAGUGGACGUGGACGUCGACAUGGACGUGGACGUGGACGUGGACAUGGACGUGGACAUGGACAUGGACGUGGACGUGGACGUCGACAUGGACGUGGACGUGGACGUGGACAUGGACAUGGACGUGGACGUGGACGUGGACGUGGACGUGGACGUGGACAUGGACGUGGACGUGGACGUGGACAUGGACAUGGACGUGGACAUGGACGUGGACGUGGAUAUGGACAUGGACGUGGACGUGGACGUGGACAUGGACGUGGACGUGGACGUGGACGUGGACAUGGACGUGGACGUGGACGUGGAGGACUUGGACGUGGACAUGGACGUGGACGUGGACGUGGACGUGGACGUAGACAUGGACAUAGACGUGGACGUGGACGUGGACGUGGACGUGGACGUGGACGUGGACAUGGUCGUGGACAUGGACAUGGACGUGGACAUGGUCGUGGACGUGGACGUGGACGUGGACGUGGACAUGGACAUAGACGUGGACGUGGACGUGGACGUGGACGUGGACGUGGACGUGGACAUGGUCGUGGACGUGGACGUGGACGUGGACGUAGACGUGGACGUGGACGUGGAGGUGGACAUGAUCGUAGACGUGGACGUGGACGUGGACAUGCACGUGGACGUGGACGUGGACGUGGACAUGGACGUGGACGUGGACGUGAACGUGGACGUGGACAUGGACGUGGACGUGGACGUGGAGGACUUGGACGUGGACAUGGACGUGGACGUGGACGUGGACGUGGACGUGGACGUGGACAUAGACGUGGACGUGGACGUGGACGUGGACGUGGACAUGGUCGUGGACGUGGACGUGGACGUGGACGUGGACGUGGACAUGGACGUGGACGUGGACAUGGACGUGGACGUGGACAUGGACAUGGACGUGGACGUGGACAUGGACAUGGACGUGGACGUGGACGUGGACGUGGAGCGGGACAUGGACGUGGACGUGGACGUGGACGUGGAAGUGGACGUGGACGUGGACAUGGACAUGGACGUGGACGUGGACGUGGACAUGGACGUGGACGUGGACGUGGAGGACUUGGACGUGGACGUGGACGUGGACGUGGACGUGGACGUGGACGUGGACGUGGACUUGGACAUAGACGUGGACGUGGACGUGGACGUGGACGUGGACGUGGACAUGGUCGUGGACGUGGACGUGGAAGUGGACGUGGACGUGGACGUGGACGUGGACAUGGACGUGGACGUGGACGUGGACGUGGACGUGGACGUGGACGUGGAUGUGGACGUGGUCGUGGACGUGGACAUGGACGUGGACAUGGACAUGGACGUGGACAUGGUCGUGGACGUGGACGUGGAGGUGGACGUGGAGAUGGACGUGGACGUGGACGUGGACGUGGACAUGGACAUGGACGUGGACAUGGACGUGGACGUGGACGUGGACGUGGACAUGAACGUGGACGUGGACGUGGACGUGGAGGUGGACGUGCACGUGGACGUGGAGGUGGACGUGGACGUGGGCGUGGACGUGGACAUGGAGAUGGGCGUGCACGUGGACGUGGACGUGGACGUGGACAUGGACUUGGACGUGCACGUGGACGUGGACGUGGACGUGGACGUGGACGUGGACGUGGUCAUGGACGUGGACGUGGACGUGGACGUGGACGUGGUCAUGGACGUGGACGUGGACGUGGACGUGGACGUGGACGUGGACGUGGACGUGGACGUGGACAUGGACAUGGACGUGGACGUGGACGUGUACGUGGACGUGGACGUGGAGGUGGACGUGGAGGUGGACGUGGAGGUGGACGUGGACAUGGACGUGGACGUGGACGUGGACGUGGACGUGGACGUGGACGUGGACGUGGACGUGGUCGUGGACUUGGACGAGGACGUGGACGUGGACGUGGACGUGGACGUGGACGUGGACGUGGACAUGGACGUGGACAUGGACCUGAACGUGGACGUGGACGUGGACAUGGAAGUGGACGUGGACGUGGACGUGGACGUGGACGUGGACGUGGACGUGGAGGACUUGGACGUGGACAUGGACGUGGAGGACUUGGACGUGGACAUGGACGUGGACGUGGAUGUGGACGUGGACGUGGACGUGGACGUGGACGUGGACGUGGACGUGGUCGUGGACGUGGACGUGGAAGUGGACGUGGACGUGGACGUGGACGUGGACAUGGACGUGGAGGUGGACGUGGACGUGGACGUGGAUGUGGACGUGGUCGUGGACGUGGUCGUGAACGUGGACAUCGACGUGGACAUGGACAUGGACGUGGACAUGGUCGUGGACGUGGACGUGGAGGUGGACGUGGAGGUGGACGUGGACGUGGACGUGGACGUGGACAUGGACGAGGACGUGGACGUGGACGUGGACGUGGACGUGGAGCGGGACAUGGACGUGGACGUGGACGUGGACAUGGUCGUGGACGUGGACGUGGAGGUGGACGUGGAGGUGGACGUGGACGUGGACGUGGACGUGGACAUGGACGUGGACGUGGACGUGGACGUGGACGUGGAGCGGGACAUGGACGUGGACGUGGACGUGGACGUGGACGUGAAGGUGGACGUGGACAUGGACGUGGACGUGGACGUGGACGUGUACGUGGACGUGGACGUGGACGUGGACGUGGACGUGGACAUGGACGUGGACGUGGACGUGGACGUGUACGUGGACGUGGACGUGGACGUGGACGUGGACGUGGACGUGGACGUGGACGUGGACGUGGUCGUGGACGUGGACGUGGACGUGGUCGUGGACGUGGACGUGGACGUGGACGUGGACGUGGACGUGGACGUGGACAUGGACGUGGACAUGGACGUGGACGUGGACGUGGACAUGGACGUGGACGUGGACGUGGACGUGGACGUGGACGUGGACAUGGACGUGGACGUAGACAUGGACGUGGACAUGGACGUGGACGUGGACAUGGACGUGGACGUGGACGUGGACAUGGACGUGGACGUGGAGGACUUGGACGUGGACAUGGACGUGGACGUGGACGUGGACGUGGAGGUGGACAUGGACAUGGACGUGGACGUGGACGUGGACAAGGACGUGGACGUGGACGGGGACAUGGUCGUGGACGUGGGGGUGGACGUGGAGGUGGACGUGGACAUGGACGUGGACGUGGACGUGGACGUGGACGUGGACGUGGACGUGGACGUGGUCGUGGACGUGGACGAGGACGUGGACGUGGACGUGGACGUGGAGGUGGACGUGGACGUGGACGUGGACGUGGACAUGGACGUGGACGUGGACGUGGACAUGGAAGUGGACGUGGACGUGGACGUGGACGUGGACGUGGACGUGGAGGACUUGGACGUGGACAUGGACGUGGAGGACUUGGACAUGGACGUGGAGGACUUGGACGUUGACAUGGACGUGGACGUGGACGUGGACGUGGACAUGGUCGUGGACGUGGACGUGGAAGUGGACGUGGACGUGGACGUGGACAUGGACGUGGAUGUGGACGUGGACGUGGACGUGGACAUGGACGUGGUCGUGGACGUGGUCGUGGACGUGGACAUCGACGUGGACAUGGACAUGGACGUGGACAUGGUCGUGGACGUGGACGUGGAGGUGGACGUGGACGUGGACGUGGACGUGGACGUGGAGGUGGACGUGGACGUGGACGUAGACGUGGACGUGGACGUGGAGCGGGUGGAUGUGGACGUGGUCGUGGACGUGGUCGUGGACGUGGACAUCGACGUGGACAUGGACAUGGACGUGGAUAUGGUCGUGGACGUGGACGUGGAGGUGGACGUGGACGUGGACGUGGACGUGGACGUGGACGUGGACGUGGACAUGGACGUGGACGUGGACGUGGAUAUGGUCGUGGACGUGGAGCGGGACAUGGACGUGGACGUGGACGUGGACGUGGACAUGAACGUGGACGUGGACAUGGACGUGGACGUGGACGUGGACGUGGACGUGGAGGUGGACAUGGACGUGGACGUGGACGUGGACAUGAACGUGGACGUGGACGUGGACGUGGACGUGGACGUGGACGUGGACAUGGACGUGGACGUGGAUAUGGACGUGGACGUGGACGUGGACGUGGACGUGGACGUGGACGUGGACGUGGACGUGGACGUGGACGUGGACGUGGACGUGGACGUGGACAUGGACGUGGACGUGGACGUGGUCGUGGACGUGGACGUGGACGUGGAGGUGGACGUGGACGUGGACGUGGACGUGGACGUGGAAAUGGACGUGGACGUGGACGUGGUGGACGUGGACGUGGACAUGGACGUGGACGUGGACGUGGACGUGGACAUGGACGUGGACGUGGACGUGGACGUGGACGUGGACGUGGACAUGGACGUGGACGUGGACGUGGACGUGAACAUGGACGUGGACAUGGACGUGGAGAACUUGGACGUGGACGUGGACAUGGACGUGGACGUGGACGUGGACGUGGACAUGGACGUGGACGUGGACGUGGACGUGGACGUGGACGUGGACGUGGACAUGGACGUGUACGUGGACGUGGACAUGGACGUCGACGUGGACAUGGACGUGGACGUGGACGUGGACGUGGACGUGGACGUGGAGGACUUGGACGUGGACAUGGACGUGGACGUGGACGUGGACGUGGACGUGGACGUGGACAUGGACGUGGACGUGGACGUGGACGAGGACAUGGACGUGGACGUCGACAUGGUCGUGGACGUGGACGUGGACGUGGAUGUGGACGUGGACGUGAACAUGGACGUGGACGUGGACGUGGACGUGGACGUGCAUGUGGACAUGGACGUGGACGUGCACGUGGACGUGGACAUGGACGUGGACGUGGACGUGCACGUGGACAUGGACGUGGACGUGGACAAGGACGUGGACGUGGACGUGGACGUGGACGUGGACAUGGACGUGGACAUGGACGUGGACAUGGACGUGGACAUGGACAUGGACGUGGACAUGGACAUGGACGUGGACAUGGACGUGGACGUGGACGUGGACGUUGGACGUGGACGUGACGUGGACGUGGAAGUGGACGUGGACGUGGACGUGGAAGUGGACGUGGACGUGGACGUGGACGUCGAUGUGGACGUGGACGUGGACGUGGACGUGGAAGUGGACGUGGACAUGGACGUGGACGUGGACGUGGACGUGGACGUGGACGUGGACGUGGAAGUGGACGUGGACGUGGACGUAGACGUGGACGUGGACGUGGAGGUGGACGUGGAAGUGGACGUGGACAUGGACGUGGACGUGGACGUGGACGUGGACGUGGACGUGGACAUGGUCGUGGACGUGGACGUGGACGUGGACGUAGACGUGGACGUGGACGUGGAGGUGGACAUGGUCGUAGACGUGGACGUGGAAGUGGACAUGCACGUGGACGUGGACAUGGACGUGGACAUGGACGUGGACGUGGACGUGGACGUGGACGUGGACAUGGACGUGGACGUGGACGUGGACAUGGACGUGGACGUGGACGUGGACGUGGACAUGGACGUGGACGUGGACGUGGACAUGGACGUGGACGUGGACGUGGACAUGGACGUGGACGUGGAGCGGGACAUGGACGUGGACAUGAACGUGGACGUGGACAUGAACGUGGACGUGGACAUGGACGUGGACGUGGACGUGGACGUGGACGUGGACAUGGACGUGGACGUGGACGUGGACAUGGACGUGGACGUGGACGUGGACAUGGACGUGGACGUGGAGCGGGACAUGGACGUGGACAUGGACGUGGACGUGGAGCGGGACAUGGACGUGGACAUGGACAUGGACGUGGAUAUGGUCGUGGACGUGGACGUGGAGGUGGACGUGGACGUGGACGUGGACGUGGACGUGGACGUGGACGUGGACAUGGACGUGGACGUGGACGUGGAUAUGGUCGUGGACGUGGAGCGGGACAUGGACGUGGACGUGGACGUGGACGUGGACAUGAACGUGGACGUGGACAUGGACGUGGACGUGGACGUGGACGUGGACGUGGAGGUGGACAUGGACGUGGACGUGGACGUGGACAUGAACGUGGACGUGGACGUGGACGUGGACGUGGACGUGGACGUGGAUAUGGACGUGGACAUGGACGUGGACGUGGACGUGGACGUGGACGUGGACGUGGACGUGGACGUGGACGUGGACAUGGACGUGGACGUGGACGUGGUCGUGGACGUGGACGUGGACGUGGAGGUGGACGUGGACGUGGACGUGGACGUGGACGUGGAAAUGGACGUGGACAUGGACGUGGUGGACGUGGACGUGGACAUGGACGUGGACGUGGACGUGGACGUGGACAUGGACGUGGACGUGGACGUGGACGUGGACGUGGACGUGGACAUGGACGUGGACGUGGACGUGGACGUGAACAUGGACGUGGACAUGGACGUGGAGAACUUGGACGUGGACGUGGACAUGGACGUGGACGUGGACGUGGACAUGGACGUGGACGUGCACGUGGACGUGGACGUGGACGUGGACAUGGACGUGGACGUGGACGUGGACAUGGACGUCGACGUGGACAUGGACGUGGACGUGGACGUGGACGUGGACGUGGACGUGGAGGACUUGGACGUGGACAUGGACGUGGACGUGGACGUGGACGUGGAGGUGGACGUGGACAUGGACGUGGACGUGGACGUGGACGAGGACAUGGACGUGGACGUCGACAUGGUCGUGGACGUGGACGUGGACGUGGACGUGGACGUGAACAUGGACGUGGACGUGGACGUGGACGUGGACGUGCACGUGGACAUGGACGUGGACGUGCACGUGGACGUGGACAUGGACGUGGACGUGGACGUGCACGUGGACAUGGACGUGGACGUGGACAAGGACGUGGACGUGGACGUGGACGUGGACGUGGACAUGGACGUGGACAUGGACGUGGACAUGGACGUGGACAUGGACAUGGACGUGGACAUGGACAUGGACGUGGACAUGGACGUGGACGUGGACGUGGACGUUGGACGUGGACGUGACGUGGACGUGGAAGUGGACGUGGACGUGGACGUGGAAGUGGACGUGGACGUGGACGUGGACGUCGACGUGGACGUGGACGUGGACGUGGAAGUGGACGUGGACAUGGACGUGGACGUGGACGUGGACGUGGACGUGGACGUGGAAGUGGACGUGGACGUGGACGUAGACGUGGACGUGGACGUGGAGGUGGACGUGGAAGUGGACGUGGACAUGGACGUGGACGUGGACGUGGACGUGGACGUGGACGUGGACAUGGUCGUGGACGUGGACGUGGACGUGGACGUAGACGUGGACGUGGACGUGGAGGUGGACAUGGUCGUAGACGUGGACGUGGAAGUGGACAUGCACGUGGACGUGGACGUGGACAUGGACGUGGACAUGGACGUGGACGUGGACGUGGACGUGGACGUGGACAUGGACGUGGACGUGGACGUGGACAUGGACGUGGACGUGGACGUGGACGUGGACAUGGACGUGGACGUGGACGUGGACAUGGACGUGGACGUGGACGUGGACAUGGACGUGGACGUGGACAUGGACGUGGACAUGGACGUGGACGUGGACGUGGACGUGGACGUGGACAUGGACGUGGACGUGGACGUGGACGUGGACGUGGACGUGGACGUGGACAUGGACGUGGACGUGGACGUGGACGUGGACGUGGACGUGGAAGUGGACGUGGACGUGGACGUGGAAGUGGACGUGGACAUGGACGUGGACGUGGACGUGGACGUGGACAUGGACGUGGAUGUGGACGUGGACGUGGACGUGGACGUGGACGUGGACAUGGACGUGGACGUGGACGUGGACGUGGACCUGGGUGGCAUUUCUACCACCCCACCUCUCGCCGUGUGUCCCAGGUAG